AUGAGAUUUCUUCACGGCCUUGAUUGGCUAGUCUGUAUGGAGAUUCUCGCUGGGGCCCAUUGCUGCCUAACGGGCGAGCUGAAGCAGCCGACCCAAAAAGGUGACGGGAACCUGACGCAACGUUUUGCUCACCAUUUGCGUUUCGGAAUGUCCAUCAACGUCUCCAUCGACUUGCAAAGCUUGAUCCAGGAUGUUGUCAACAAUUGCGAGCGGCUGCUCACGCCACUGGAUAACCUGAAGAUCACCCUCACGUCGCUACUUGCUCACUUCCGAGACAGCCCUGGGAAGUUUCGCCAGUUUGGAAUAAGACUACAGUGGAUCUUCACGAGCAAGUCGAAUAUCGUGUUCUAUCGCGAGGCAUUAAGGGGCCAGCACAGAAUCUUGGACAUCACUCUGCAGAUAAUGAUUUAUCUUACGACGAGAGAUCGCAGCUUGGAGAACAUUUCGGAAUCAUCCCCUCAGGACUCCGCGAGCCCCGUGGUCACGAUACAGUCUCCCAUGGACUCAAAUAUAUCUCAAGACAAGCUCGAGGAUGAAGAACUCCGCGAUCUCGAGGACAAAAUAGAUCGCGAUCUUGACACAGAAACACCGGAAUCCGCGAGGGAUAUCUGGGACGACACGAAAGCUCUGCAAAGGAAAAAAAGGGUUAUGGACCAUGAGUCUGAACUCGAAGUUGAGAGGCUAGAGAAGGAGGUGGAGGCACUCAAGGCAAAACUGGAGAAAUUGGAAACCGAGAAGCGGGAAAGAGAGAUAGAGACACUUGGGGCGAAAGUGGAGAUUUUGCAAACUGAGAAGAGGGAAAAUGAGAAACUCAAGGCAAAACUGGAGAGCUUGCAAACUGAGAAGCAGGAAAAAGAGGAUUGGGCAAAGCAGAGAAAGCUUGAAGAGAAGAUUAGAAGGGACACUGAAGAAGCGUUGGACAGAAGAAUGAAAGAAGUAAGAAAAUCCCAAGAAGAGGCAAGGAGAGAAAUCGGAAAGGCAGAAGCCGAGGCCAAAAAAGCUGCACUAGAAAGGCUAGAGGCGGAGAGGGAGACGGAGAAAGUGCGGCAAAAGCAGCACAAAGAGGUUAUACGACAAGUUCGAGAGAGCGUUGAGGCGGAACUAGAAGCGAAAAAUAUGCAGAAAAGGCAAGAGGCCGAGGCAGCAGCAGCAGCAGAGGCUGUUGCUAGAGCAAAAUUCGAGGCUGAGAUGGUGGCGCAGAAGAAGCAAAAGGGGAUUAGAAAGUAUUUGCCUAGUUUAAAAUGA